UUCCCUUUUUUGGGCAACCAAAAGAAUGCUUGCCUCCUCUCACGGUGUCUCUAUAAAAGUCAGAUCUGUGAAUGUUUGUCACACAAAACCAACACACAAGGAUCAAGCUUGAUCAUGGUGCAGAAAGUAGCAGUGAUUGGGGCUGGCCCCUGCGGUCUGUGCAGCAUGAAGGCUUGUAUAGAAGAGGGCAUGGUGCCAACCUGCUUUGAAAGCAGUGACGAUCUGGGCGGACUGUGGAAGUUCAAGGAGGUGUCAGAGCCAAACAGGGCCAGUAUCUAUCGUUCCCUCACGGUCAAUAUAUCCAAAGAGAUGAUGGGCUACAGUGACUUCCCCAUCCCUGGCGACUACCCCAACUACAUGCACCACUCGAAAAUCCUGAAAUACUUUAGGAUGUAUGCAGAACACUUUAAACUGCUGCGACACAUUCGCUUCCAGACCCUGGUUAAGAGUGUCAGACAGAGACCAGACUUCUCCCGUACUGCUCAGUGGGAAGUGGUGACUGAGAACAGAGAUGGACAAGAGGAGCAGCAUGUCUUUGAUGCGGUUAUCUGCUGCUCUGGUCACUACACCUAUCCAAACAUGCCGCUCAAAGACUUCCCAGGAAUUGAGACAUUUGAAGGGAAAUACUUCCACAGCUGGGACUACAAGGGACCUGAAGACAUGCACGGGAAGAGAGUGGUGGUCGUCGGCAUUGGUAACUCAGGAAGCGACAUCGCUGUAGAGACCAGCAGAGUAGCUGAGGAGGUUUAUCUGAGCACUCGUCGUGGUGCCUGGGUCCUCCGUCAGGUUUCUGACAACGGCUUGCCAGUGGACAUGAAGUACAACACACGGUUUGUCCACAUCAUGUUCCAGCUGCUGCCGAUGAGUUUCCUCAACUGGUUCGGCGAGAAGAAAAUCAAUGCCAUGUAUGACCACACCAUGUAUGCCCUCAAACCCAAACACAGGCUCUUCAGUCAGAUCCCAGUGUUCAAUGACUAUCUGCCCCUUAAGAUUCUUUCUGGGGCAAUUGUUGUCAAACCAAAUGUGAAAGAGAUCCGGGGCUCCACCGUGGUGUUUCAAGAUGGCAGUUUUGUUGAAAAGGUGGAUACAAUUGUGUUUGCCACAGGAUACAACUAUGAUUUUCCCUACUUGCCAAGCAGUGCUAUGUACAAAUCAGGGCAUCGUGUGGGUCUGUACAAGCACAUUUUCCCCCCAAACUUGGAGCGUCCAACUCUGGCUGUUGUGGGUUUCAUCCAUGCCCUAGGAGCCAUUAUGCCACAGGCUGAAAUGCAAGCCCGCUGGGCCACACGUGUCUUCAAAGGACAUAAUAAGCUGCCCUCAAACCAGGCCAUGGUCAAGUCUGUUGAGAGGGACACCAAGGACAUUGAGAAAAACUAUGUUGUUUCAAAGUUGUCACCCAUCCAAGUGGACUUUGUUUCCUACAUGGACGACCUAGCUGGAGAGAUUGGGUGUGUCCCAAGUCUUCUCAGGCUCUUCUUCACAGACUACUCUCUGUUUAAGAGGGUUUUGUGGGGACCCGUCACAGCCUUCCAAUACCGCUUGAGGGGGCCAGGGAAAUGGGAGGGGGCCCGCAGAGCAAUCUUCACCCAGUUUGACCGCAUGAAACAGCCUCUAAAGACAAGACAGCUGGAGGAGCAAGAGCCCUCCACUGCCGGCCGCCUGGUCAAACUGAGCCUGACCCUCAUCACUGGAGGAGCUGCUGCCUACUGCAUCCACGUGCGCUACCCGACUGCCAUGUCCACCCUGCUGUCCAGGCUCCAUCCGCAAACAGUCUGAACACGCUGCAUGUGAAUACAAAUUGUUUUUUGAAACAAAAUCGAGAAUCAAACAAAUCAAGAAUUCAAACAGCUCUUACCAUGGCUGCCAAUUACAAUACUUUCCGGGUCAUUUCACUCAGUUGGGAACCUUCCUGAGCAAAAUUGACGAUUCGACCGCAGCGUAUACACACCAGGUAGGCAGGGAUAGUUGAACACAGGUGAAACACAUGAGUGACAGGCGCAGAAGAAUCACAAGGGCGGAAGAAUCACACUCUGCUUUAGUGAAGUUGACACAAGGACGGGGCGUGUUUCCCGUCCUUGUGUCAACUUCACUAAAGCAGAGUCACACAAGGACAGCCCUGAUGUGUUCCUCCUGCCCUCCUUGUGUAUUUGGUGUCUGUUCCCAGUCCUCUGGGUCAGUUCCUCCGUUCUGCUCUGCUCUGAUCUGUCCUGCGGCCUCAUUUUCUUCGGUUCAGUUUUUCCUUGUGUUUUUUGUAUGCUGCAAUUUUUCCCUUCAAAGAAUGUAAGUCUGUUUUUUGUUUCUCCUUUUAUUAUUUUUUCUGCAUCUGCAUUUGGGUCCUGCUUUAAAAACCCAGACACUCAUAUACUGUAACCUACAAGGUGCUUCACUUUUCAGACCAAGAGUCUACGUCCAUAUUUACAGACUAUGUUUUGCCUUUUUUCAUACUGCUCUUACCUUUAUUUGGGCUGAUUCCCUGGAUUCCUGCCUGCUUCUUUUGGUUCAGGUUGCCAGUUUGGAUUGCUCUCUGGUUUUUGACUUGCGCCUGCUUCACCCACCUUGUUUUAUUAUUAAACCUUAAUACAUUAAACUA